CCGAGAUCUUUCACGACUUGCACUUACACGACACGGCAAUCCGCAGUCCCCCACACACAGACACGCAACACACUCACGCACGCCGCGCAAGUCACAAUGACUGUCACGACCCCGAUCCGUUUCGACAUUCACCGCAACGCCUUCGCCUACCACUACUCCAUCACCGCGCACAACAGCACCGCCACCGACACCGCCCUCUACUACUGCGACGUAACCCGCUUCACCAAGUCAUCCACCCCAGACAUGGUCCUUUAUGCCGGGUCCUCACCGGCUUCUGCCUCCCCCAUCGCCCUCUCCCACAUCCUCCAGUUCUCCCAGAGCUUCAAGAUCGGCCUGGGCGACGCCGUCCCGCGCCACGCCACUGUCCCGGACGCCAUUCAGUGGGAGGACCUACGGCGAUCGACCUUCACGGGUGCCGAGCACCGAUGGGGCAUGUCUCUCGCGGUGUCGGACUCCAAGGCUCGGGACGGUCGUCGCAGGCUUGCGCUGCUGUGGAAGAGGACGCGCAGCGUACGCGCCCAGGGUGCCGAGGACGGGAUCCGCCACCGCGGGUUCCGCGGCUGGAAGCUGCUCGACGAGGAGCAGCCCGACGAGGUGCUUGCCGUCUUCACGCUGGAUCAAGUCUUUGGUCGACGGGGUGUUUUGCAGAUCAAUGCCGACUAUGGUGACGAGUUUACCAUCGCGGUGCUGAUGACGCUGUUGACCUUGUAUGAGCGGUCCGAGAUGCGGUAACGUGACGUGCAAAGUCGGACUGGGUGAAAGGGGGAUUUGACUGUGCUUGGUCGGCCUGCGAAACAGUCAUCUACCACGACGGUUCCACUUACUCAUAAAGCUUCACCUAAGCAAGGGUGUGCAAGGCACCCUCGGUAUCAAACUAUCGUCAUCAGCCGGCGUAUGCACCAC